AUGUCCGGCGCCAUGAAAUUGAAAUAUUUGAUAGCUGGCGUGAACGAACCGUUGAAAUUAUACAUUACACUGCACAAUCCAAAAACACCAGAAACAUUCCUCUCAUUUGCACGAAAGGUCGAAGAUGCACUCUCAUUGAGCAACAUUCGCUAUGGACCAUCGCAACGAACAUCGAACACCAACAAUACAGUCACCCAACAGUCGACCGUAUAUCCAUCUAAUCCCUCACCACCAAGCUACACUUAUCAACAAGCUAGUUCGUACCAAUUACCGCAACAACAGUCAUCGUACGAUAACAAAUAUGCCGCUCAAUCAUGCAGUCAAAACACGUCCUAUUCGAAUCGUUCUCGUAAUCUAUCGCGUAAUCAACAGCCGAUCAUUUGUUAUACGUGUGGUGCUCCCGGGCCACUACUCCCGGGAUUGUACCAGUUACCAUUUCCAGUAACGGAUGCAUCCAACGAUGGUGUUGACUCCGGUACAGAUCAGGGCUUUUCGCUGGCCAUUCGAAUGAUUGAAUACCAAGUUCACAAAGUUUUGUUUGUGAUUGCCUUGAUACGUGAUAUCGGGAAUUAUCAUGUUGGUAAAUAUAAUUAUUUUCCAUCUGAUAUAACUGCACCGUUGGAAUUAAAUAAUUGUCUAAAAUACCACAAUAAACGUCACUAUUAG